GGAAAUCCUCAUGCGGGUAAUGGCGAUUCUUCCAGCAAACUCGCUUUACUUGUGAUAACAUCAACCAGCUUGUUAAUAGAGCGGUGGACGCAGCACAGCAGCAUGUCUUCGCGAGUGUUGCUCCGGCAGCAGCUGAUGCGAGAGCAGGCGCAGGAGCAGGAGAGGAGGGAGGCGCAGCAGCAGGCAUCAGUCGCUCAGCUCCGCCCUGCAGACGCCACUCCUGCCAUCUCUGUCUCGCUGCCACCUAUGGCUGCCCGGCCUCCUCCAGCACAAGUCCCGGUGGAGGUCCUGAAGGUGCAAACCCAUCUGGAAAACCCAACUAAAUACCACAUCCAGCAGGCGCAGAGGCAGCAAGUGAAGGAGUACUUGUCCACCACACUCGGCAAUAAAGUUGGCACUCAAACUCUCGGUGUGUCUCCUGUCCCGCAUUCAGCCUCGGCUCCAGAAAUGGGCCCUUCAGCAAGCAGUGCUCCUAAUAGCCCGAUGGCACAUCUUAAUCUGGGCUCCAACAAAGAAGAGAUGGAUGAUGUCAUCGACGACAUCAUCAGCCUUGAGUCCAGCUUCAACGAUGACAUCUUGUCACUGAUCGAUUCUGGCCUGCAGCUUCCGAACACGCUUCCAGGAAAUCUUCUGGAUGUCUACAACAGUCCUGGUAUGACAACUCCAACCAUCACAGUCAGCAACUCCUGUCCAGCAGAUCUGCCCAACAUCAAAAGGGAAUAUACUGAAACAGAGGCCAGAGCUUUCAUGAAGGAAAGGCAGAAGAAAGAUAAUCACAAUCUCAUUGAACGGCGGAGAAGAUUCAACAUAAAUGACAGGAUAAAGGAGUUAGGGGCUCUAAUACCCAAAUCCACUGAUCCGGAAAUGCGCUGGAACAAGGGAACCAUUUUGAAGGCUUCAGUUGAUUACAUAAGAAAACUCCAGAAAGAGCAGCAGAGGGCCAAAGAGAUUGAGAUGAGGCAGAAGAAACUGGAGCAAUCCAACCAGGCCCUGAUUCUCCGCAUACAGGAACUAGAAAUACAAGCACGCCACCAUGGCCUCAACGCCCCCAUGCCUCCAGGCCUGAACACUGAUGCAUCCUACAUCCAAAACCAGCUACUGCAGCCAAAUGCGUCUAUGCAGGCCGGCGCCGGAGACGGUCAGCCUCAGAGCCACCUCAACAUGGAUGGAGCAAUGGCACAGACUUCACCAUCUCCCUUCCUCUCAGUACCUCCAUCUGGCUCUCCGGCUGCUGUGGCCGUGAGUGGCCCGCUACAUCUGGAGACUUUUAGCUUCACAGAGCUGGACGAACAUGCCUCUGAUUUGUACCCUGACGUUGGUCUUAGUGACAUUCUGAUGGAUGACGUCAGGGGUUCGGAUGUGCUCUUCUCCCCGAUGUCACCCGGAGCCUCUAAAACCAGCAGCCAAGGGAGCAGUGUAAACAUGGAGGACGACUUGUGACCCAACUGACCAUUAGAUGUAUGUUUCAGUGCUUUUUCCUCAUGUGGGACGCUGUGGGGUUUUUUUAAAAAGGAAAGUUCACCCAAAAUUAACAUUUUAAGUCCAAAGUAUACUUUGCUGCCUUCUUUCUACUAGGUUUGUCAAAAGUAUCGAGUUCGAUACUAAUCGGUACUGAAAUUUUAAAAACGUAAUUUUACAGCCAAUAUUUGAAUGCAUACUUAAACACCACUUCUUGGCCAUUGUCUUCACAUGCUCAACAGAAAUGACCGUGAUUGGCCAUGAAGGUCAUCAGUUCACCAUUCUUCACUGCUGUUCGCCAAGUGUAAACAGAUACAUGGACGCUGGAGCAUUUCAGGGUCCGUUGAUCAGUUGGUUUGACUUUGAGCUGACAUACGAGCAUUCCGCUGAUGGCUCGUGUGAUCUACGCAGCUUUAAAACACUCCAGUGUCCAUGUAUCUGUGUUUACACUUAGUGAACUGAUGUCCUUCAUGGCCAAAACAAUGAUUUCAGUUGAGCUUGUGAACACAGUGGCCAAUCAGCGGUGUUUAAGGAUGUGCUCAACAGUGCUUAAAUGUUAGCAGGAUAUGGAUGUUUUAAACAUUUUUGUAUCGUUUGGUACCAAUCUGGAUACUUUUGAUAACACUAGUUUCUACUGAACGGUACAGUUUAGUGCAGUGCAGUACAGUUCAGUAUGGUUCACCCUGAUCAAGCUUGUGUUUCCACAGCCAACAGAACUUGGUAGGCGUUGUGAAUGCCAGAAAGUUUCGAUUGAUGUCAUUCUAGCUCAAAGUAGAAAGCUAUAUGGCUUUUUCACAAAUUGCAGCAUAUUUUAAAUGUAGACACAUGGCAAGCAUGCACAAAUAGGGAGAGGGUGCAGCACGAAUUGCGAUUUCCACAUGUUUUAAAUGUGACAUGAGCAGCCUUAAACAAGAAUAGAGCACAUACAGCAGAACCUGUUCGUUCUUCUUGGCAUGUGGCUUUUUGUCACGAGAAGACAACAAGCUAUGUUUGAGCAUAGUUCAUUGCUGCGCACAGUCAUUAGCCCCUUUCACACAGUGAUAACGGUAAAUAUCCGGAAAAUUACAGAUUGACUUUACCGGUAAAUUCAAAAAAGCGUUGUUUACACAGACAAAGACGUUCCAGCAUUUUUCUAGAAAAGACCAUUCACAGAUCCAUUUUAAAAUAUUGGUAAAUUUAUGACAUCAUUAACCAGAAAUGAGCUUUAAACGACAGUGCUUGUAUUUGUAAACAUAGAAGGGGUCGGGCUUUUCUUAAUGGUUUCACUUUUAUUUAAAGCUUUAGCAUUCAUGCAGCUGCUUUGUCCCAGAGACAUCCAAAGGCAGAAGCGCGAACCGCAGCUAAACACAUUUGACUACAUUACAAAUUCUGUGGAUGGAUAAGUAUUGUGAACAACUUCGACAUAUGGAGGAACACUUUCGCAUGUCGAGAUGUACAUAAUAUGUGUGUGUGCUAGCGCUCACCGGCUGCUUCACAUGCAGACGCGUCAAGCAACUGAAGCAGAGGUUGAAGGUAAACAAACAGCAGUUUAUCAUAAGCAUUUUAUUGAUAAUUUUUACAGUUGGCAUUAAGAAGGAACAUAGAAAUGUUAUCUGACUUACAUCAAGCAGCUAAAUGUGUCUGGAAAAAUAUUCAAAGGCUUUUAUUUUCAUAAACAGCCCCGAUGUGAAUGUUCUGAUUGGCUGGAGUAGACAUCUCACGUCAGCACGUUCUAAGUGUGAACACGCUCUUUCCAAUUUUCCUGCACACAGCGCAGCAUUCCGGCAAAUUACCAGGAAUGUUACAACUUCUCUUUUUGGAAAAUUACGGGAAAGAAUUUACCUGUAUUUUCUAAAAGGGCCUGUUCACACAUGAUCUCUUUUUGGAAAAUUGCUGGUAAUUUUCCGGAAAGGUCUGUAUGUGUGAAAGGUAAAAAUAACACUGUGAAAAAUGACACUUCCUGUAUUGUCGUGUCUUGUAUAAACUGGUAACAAUUCUCUGUAAACCAAUAGCGCUCAGCAACUCCACCCCUCUGUUACCAUAUUGUUAUGCUAGGGACCAUUACAAAAGAGUUCCAAAAAAUGAUAGACUUCGCUACUUUUAACAUUGGACACAGAAAUAAUUGCGUACUGUAUUGUUCUGUACCGAAUCAUACUGCUUAGUGGAAAUGAGCUAUUAGCACAGUCCAGUGCACGGUUUUUACAGUAUACAUAUUUUUGAGAGCAUGUGUGAACAUAGGUGCUUAAAACAUGCACACUACAAAACAUUUUACUUGUCCAGUGCUUUUUCUUUCUAAAAAUGUCCAGAACUCUAACUUAAACCAAUAAAAAACAUUUUUAUUUCUUUAAGUUAGAGUUCCAGAUAUGUUUAAUCACACACUCCUCAACGUAAAGUGUUCGUUGCUUUUGCAGUCUUCAGUAGUUUGUUGCUGAUCUGUCUGUUUCUUUUCCAAAUGUUAAACUGUGGACUGGUUCAGUGUUGACUUUUUUUGGUCAAAUUUGCAUGUGUAAACUAUGUGUGCGUAGUACUCAUGGUUACUAAAAACGUACAUACUGUGCUAAUGACAGAGAUUGUGUCGCUGAACAUUUUAUAUGAAGUGAAGUAUACUUUGGACUUCGUUAUUCCAAAUCUUUUUGACUGACUUUUGUGGAACAUAAAAGAAGGUAUUAUAAGAAAUAGAGCUACAAGACUAAUUGCUAAAAAUCACAAUCUCGUGGUUUUAUUAAAACUUUGACAAGUACUAUGCAAAGAAACAUUCAUACAUAGGUUGAAUGUUCAUUAUUGAAUGUUCAUACAUUAUCCAUUGACCCAAAGAGAACAGUUGUCAUCUGUAGUUAUGAAACCGUUUCAGUCGUCGUUCAGUCUAAUUCAUAAUAUAGUUAUUUCUGUUUCAAACAUUCAAAUGUUUACAAGAGAACUAGGACAAACGUU